UUUUCAAACAAACAUUUCUCUGGACAUAAAAGGCAUUUAAUUUCUGUUUCUAUUUACUGCUUGAACGUUGAACUGCACCUUCUCACUGGUUCUUCAGUUCACCUCAAAUUUAAUGCAUUUUCUAUCAACAACAACUUCAGUGUUUUUUUUGUCUCACUCAAAACCUGUGUGUUCUGGCGGUGAUUGCUACAGACCUCAAUACUUUGUUCAUGCAUCUCGCCGUUUUAAUGUUUACUAAAUUCUGCUUAGAAAAUGAGAGUUGAGAAAGAAGGAGCAAAAAAUGAAGGCAGAUACGUUGGUGGUUUCUUCUACUUGUUUGACUGGACCUCAAAAUCUCGUAAGAAAUUAUUUGCAGCCAAGUCAGAUUUGCCAGAGUCCUCGAAACAGAGAAGAAAAGUUGAUGGCAACAUGGCAAUGAUGCUGCCCUAUCUGGUGGAUGAUGAUGAAAUUGGAGUAGGGAAAUGUAUUAGAGAAAGUAGUGAUCAUAUUUGUGCUUCAUCUGUUAUAGAUGAUGAAUCUUGUGGAACAAGGGCCCCUGGUGUGAUUGGCAGGCUUAUGGGGUUAGAUUCAUUGCCCUCUUCCAGUUUUCCAGAUCCUUGUUCUACCCCAUACUUUGACAGCCAAUCUCUUCAAGAUGUGCAGUACUGGAGAACAGAAUUUAAUCAUCUGCAUGACCAUCAGAUCCUGUAUUCUGGAAAGCUGAUUGAAAAAGCUGAGGGAUCUUCUUGGAAAUUCAUGGAGGCAAAGCCUCAACAGACCCGUAGCAGGCCGAUUGAAAAGUUUCAAACAGAAGUAAUGCCUCCCAAAUCAGCUAAAUCUAUUCCUCUAACACACCAUAAACUUUUGUCCCCAAUUAAGAGCCCUGGCUUUGUUCCAGCAAAUAAUGCUACUUAUAUAAUGGAGGCUGCUGCAAGAAUUAUUGAACCUGGCCCCCAAGCUACUACAAAGGAUAAAACACCUCUGGUAGCAUCAUCAACUGUAUCAUUGAGGGUUAGAGAUCUUAAAGAAAAACUGGAAGCCUCACAAAAAGGACCUCUAAUUGGGUCAUCUUCGCUGACUUCUAGAGUUAGAGAUCUAAAAGAAAAAAGAGAAACUUCUCAUAGAACUAGCAGGCUUUUGGAACCUUCUCAAAGGUCGGCUGAGUCUAAUGAUGCCAAGUAUCUAAAGGGACAAUCUUUCAACAUAAGUUGGAAUGGAUCUGUGGAUACACAAGUCAGAUCAUCUUCUCAAGCAGAAGAAGAUUCUUCUUUGAAAAAUAAAGGGAAGUCUAUUUCACUUGCAAUCCAAGCAAAAGUGAAUGUUCAAAGAAGGGAAGGCUUGAGCCUUAGUAGGGGAAAAAGUUUGGUGGAGCAGAAAGAACAAUGUGACAUUAAAACCCCCCAGCAGCCUCUGAAGGCUAAUGUUAAAAAAAAAUUGCAUAAGAAAUCCUCUGGCCAAGAUGCUUCUGGUGUUCUCAGGCAGAAUAAUCUGAAACAGAAUUGUUCUACGGAUAAAGACAAACUACCAUCAAAGCCAUUGGUUUCCAAUUCGAACAGUAGAAAAGUUGUGACUGGGGAUUCCUCUUGUGGACAUCAUAGAAGCUCUAGUAGUAAAUCCAUUGCAAAAUCUAAAGUUGGGCCCAAAAAAUCAUCCAUGAAUGUGACAGAUAGUGAAAAGGAAGUUUUGUAUACCCGUACCAACAAUUUCCCAAGGAAGAAGAGGUCCACAGACAGGGACUGGAAUGAUAGGGUUGUUGAUAAUUUGUUUAUUGACAAAACUCAGAAGCCUGUUCAGUCUAAUCUAGUUAGUAAUAAACAACAUGAUGGGGCUGAAGAAGUCAAAAGUAAAGACAUGGAUGUAGUUUCCUUCACAUUUACCACGCCAUUGACAAGAUGCAAUUCUGGUUUUGAGACAUCUGGACAAACUGGCCUGAAGACUAAUAGCCUUUCCUUGGAUCAGCAUAUUAGAAGAGUGUUGCUUGACAAUGAAACUGAUAUUACAAGGUUUCCAGUAGGAUACAAUGCUAUUGGUGGUGAUUCCUUAGCUAUCCUUUUGGAUCAGAAGCUGAGGGAAUUAACAUACGGAGUUGAGAAUUCUUGUGAUGACUCCGUCAAAGCAAGGUCACCUUCCAGUACUGUACCAAAAUCUAAAGAUCUGGUUCCCACCCUUAAUUCAGUUAACCUCUUUCAACAGUUGCAACAGAAGAAAAACCAAGACAUGAUGUGUUCAGAUAAGUCAGAUAAGUUAUUCAGUAGCCAUGAAUGUGACAUUUCCUUCACUUGUCUUCCAGAAAUAUCAUCCAAGCACAGACUCUGGGUUGAUAAGAUGGAGGAGUGUAAGAUCAAUCCUAUGGAAGCAGAGUUAUUCAGUCCCAGACAGCCAAGUUCAAUGUCUGUUCUUGACCCUUCCUUCUCUACUCAAAGCUGUGAAUCUCCAUUCAGCACAAAUGCUGCUAGUUCAGAAGAUCAAAACAGAAGGAAGCAAGUUGUGGGCUCAGGAAGUGGCUUGAAUUCCUCAUGGAAGUACCAUCAUGCAGAGGCUGAUACAGAAUUGUUUGAUUCAGCAUCAAGUUCGACCGUGCUAAAGAAACAAGCAAGUACAAGGGAGUUAGAUUAUGUGAAUGAUAUAUUGUGUAAUGUGGAGUUGAUGUACAUGGACUUUUCUCUUGGUAGAGCACGUGACAUUGUGAACCCUCAUCUGUUCAACCAGUUGGAAAGUCGAAGAGGAAGAAGGUUUGAGAGUGAUGGUGGUGAGUGUAGGAUGAGAAGGAAAAUAAUAUUUGAUUGUGUGAGUGAGUGUUUGGACUUAAGAUGCAGGCGUUAUGUUGGUGGGGGGUACAAAAUGUGGGCCAAAGGGGUUGCAAUGGUGAGAAGAAAUGAAUGGUUGGCAAGGAAAGUGUACAAGGAAAUUUCAAGUUGGAGGGAUAUGGGGGAUUCAAUGGUGGAUGAACUCGUAGAUAGGGACAUGAGCAUCGAAUAUGGGCGAUGGCUAGAUUUUGAGGUUGAUACUUUUCAACUUGGUGCACUGGUUGAAGACCAAAUAUUUAAUUCUUUGGUCGAUGACUUCGUUGCUGAAAUCCUGCAAUUAUGACACACCUCAAUCAAUGAUUGUGAUUUUCUGGCUGUGUGAAAUUUGAUUUUUAGGUUUCCCACUGAAUUAUAAUUACUGUGUGUGCCAGCCCCUCCACAUGGCAUCUCUAUAAAUAAGUUGACCAAAUAUUUUAUUGUGGUUGAUGAUUUCGUUGCUGAGACCUGAGAGACUAGAGACAAAUGUCUUGCUUUCCUUAACCCCCUCCCCCUUUUUUUGAACCUAGGAUUUCCUUUGGCUCUUACUAAUAA